CCCAUGAUUCUGAUCGGUGAAGAACGCUGAACAUCAACAAAAAAAGCAAUUGGACGUUAAGAAGAAUCCAAACAGAGCUGCGGGGGCGAGAGAAAACAAGCGCCAACAAACGAAAGUAAAAAGUGCAACCCACGUCAAGCUAAGCCCCAUUACCAGCCAAGAUGUCAUACAGCGCGGAGCGUGCGCUCUCCUAUUUUUAUCCGUUUAUCAUCCUCAGCUCGUUGGUCUGCUGCAUUACUAGCGCUGUUGCCUGGACGCAUUGGCGCUAUGUGCUCAACGCUUGUCCGGAUACCAAUUGCGGUUGCGUGCUGCACGGCCGUACUACGUAUAACAGUUUUGAGGGCGGAAACAUUGCCUACUGCCAUUUUGCAACCUACGGACUUGUGCUGCCACUCAUCUUUGCUGUAGUGCUGGGAAUCUACCAUGGCUAUCGCAUGUGCAUUGGCAAGGGCGAGCGGAAAACGGGCGCCACAACUAUAAGACAACGCUCCGGUGACAUGAUCGUGGUGACCACAGAAUCUGAGCUAACACCCGAUGGUCUCUCGCCAUAUUACUGGCUGCCUGCCACCGUUAUAUCGGUUAUUAUGGCCGUUUAUCAGCUGAUCUAUGCUGCCAUAUUUACUGAUGGCUUUGAAGUCACCUGCCGACAGUAUCGUGAGUCUUUGCUCAAGGAAAUUCAAGGCGUUGGUAACAUUGUGCCCGUAAUCAAGGCUCGCUUGUCAUGUGCUGCAGUCUUUGACUUCAUGGACUAUCUAGUGGAGAGCAUUUCCUAUGAGCGUCGGCGCUAUGGACGCAUUAAUACUGCCAUCUGCCUGUACAUAACGCUCAUCUUUUCCUGGUUUGCGCUAUUCGCCUGGAUUGCUAUCUGCAUCAUAAAUAUUGUCAAUAUGCGACGCACUCGCGCAGCUCGCGUUUGAGCUGUUAUAAUCAUAAAUAAUGACAUUCCGAUUGCA